AUGCCGAGCGCUAGAGUCUCGUCGUCGUCGUCGUCGGCGGCGGCAGGGUCCAAACUUACCAAGCUCGAAUCUGCACUCUAUCGCGCAGCUCAGUCAUCGCCUGGCAGCAUCAUCACUCAAGAUCAAAUCACGGAGCAGUUCAAACAUGAGCAGCUCGACGAUCGGCUUCAGGCCAUCAAUGGACUUCUUAGAAAAAGUCUCUUCACAGCUCAAAGCCUCAAUGGUCAGAUCCAGUUUGCUGCCACCGCCAAAGCCGAGGCGAGUAUGAUGGGCAAGCUGGACGAGAACGAAACACUCGUCUACUCGCACAUCAAGGACUCGCGCAACGAAGGUAUCUGGACCAAGCAGCUCAAAGCAAGAACGGGCUUGCAUCAGACCAUCAUCAACCGCUGCCUCAAGUCGCUAGAGCAGAAGCAGCUCGUCAAAGCGGUCAAGUCGGUCAAAUACCCCACCCGCAAGAUCUUCAUGCUGUUUGGUCUCACUCCUUCGAUCGAGCUUUCCGGAGGUCCUUGGUACACUGACAACGAGUUGGAUACGGGAUUCAUCAACGAACUUUCCAUGGCUAUCCUCAACUUUGUCCGUUCCAAAUCGUUCCCAAAGAAUGGUCAAUCUAGGGCCCUGUUUCCCACAAGUCACACCUCACAGCUUCCUUCCGCCAAGAGCAUUCAUUCGUAUCUUCGCAGCUCAAAUCUCACAGAGACCGAGCUCGAAGUUGAACACGUUGCUUCGUUGCUCGACAUUCUGGUCUAUGAUGAGCAGAUCGAGAAGAUACCCGUGCUUCCCUUUUCGUUUGGCGGUGCAGGUGGGGGAAUCAACGGAUAUAGCGACGAGCACCAAGGCUCAUCUGAUUCGGAUCGAUCGACUGAUGGUAGCGUGUCAGAUAGCGAGAGCGCCAGUGAGUCGGAAAGCGAGUCAUCCGCACAGGAUACAGGGUCAGACAGUGAUCACGGUAAAGUCAAGGUCAAGAAGGAGCAGAAGCGCGAUGGAGACGAGGACAGCGACGAGGAGGAGCAAAGAUCCACGACGAGUGGAAAGCGCAAACGAUCUUCGGCCAAGUCAUCGUCGCGCAAAAAGAGCAAAAAGUGCAAAUCCUCGUCCAAAAGCAGCAAAUCGAAGCACCGUCACAGCAGCAAAUCACGAUCACGGUCGCGAGAGCGGUCCCGCUCUCGGCCCGCUUCUUCUGAUGACGAGAGUGGAACUGAGUCCGACUCUUACAGCGCUUCCUCAGCAUCCUCUGAUCGCAGACACAGACGUCGUUCGAGCAGUAAGAAGAAGCGCUCCAACGGCAAGGUCUCGUCAUCACGUCGCAGUCCCGCAGCAAGCGGAGGCGAUAUUGUUCCCUUUGUAUACCGCGCUGUGCGUCCGCAUUCUGUCAAAGUGGGGUGGACCGAGAUUCCCUGUGGUCACUGUCCCGUCUUCGACUUUUGCGAUGAUACCGGCCCGGUCAAUGCCGAGACCUGCCAGUACUACGGCGGUAAACACGACGAGCUGGGCCGGAAGCUGACCAACGGUUGGAUCGAUACGAUCGCCGACGAUGACGAUGACGACGAUGCCGCUGAGGAUGAUGACCACGAUGAAGACGGUGUCAAGGACGAGAGCAAGUACAUCGAUGGGGACGCAUAA